GGCGGCGUCAUGUUAUAAUUAUAUUUCUCUGAUUUUCGCACAAACUAAAUAAGCAAAUUAGUGUUAAUUAUAUAAAUUACUCGUAGCAACGAAAAGUUUUCCAUAGAACUUGAAAUCUUCCUGCCAUGAGUAAGACAAAUCCGUUAGGUCUAGUCAACUAUGGCGACUCUGAUGAGGAGUCAGAUGAUGGACGGGGGUCCAAAGCACCUGAGGGGUUCGCUCGACCCCCCAGUUACCCGAACACCACGCCACAGGUCCCAGCACCCGCGGGGGUACACCCCGCACCGAUACCGCAUUGCCCUUGGUCAGCGUGUUACGAUGAGAACAGUGGUUUCACAUACUAUUGGAACCAGUUUACUAAUGCUGUCACCUGGGAGGCACCACCGGAGUAUUUGCUUGCUCUUAAGUUAGCUCAGCAGCAAUUAAAUAUUUCAGGUUCAACAGAAGUUUCAGCAGAGGAAUGGCAGUUGUACCAACAAGCACUAGCAGAGAAACAAAAUGUUCAAACCAAAGCAUUCUUGAAGUUGCCAGCUGCUAAACUUGUCAAAAAGUUUGACAAGCCUCCUCCACCUGAUAAAAAUCCAAAAAUGAAUAAGAAAAGGCCACUGAGUGAUGACGAAGAAGAAAAGAUAGAGUUGAUCACUUCCUACCACAACUCGGAUUCGGAAUCAAAUGAUGAAUCCGACAAAAGCAAGGAUGUAUCCUUCAAGGCUUCUCCUGUUGUAAAGAAACCGGUUAAAAUUGCACCCACACCGGCCAAAAAGGUGAAGAAACAAGUCACCCAGUACGGACCGUCACUGCCGCCAAACCAAAACUACAGUGUACCAAUUGGACCAGAAAUGCCACCACAGCUAAUGAACAAUAAUAAAUCACCAGAACGUAAGAUUGAAGUGUCAACUAAGAAUCAGGCCACAAAAGCAGAUGAUGAUGAAAAUCAAGACGAAGAUGAACUGCUAAAGAAACUUAAAGACAAAGCAAAACUUCUAGAAAAGCUAGGUGGAGAAUUACCAACGGAACUCCAGAAAAUUAUCAAAGAGGACACAAAAUCUACAACUUCGUCACCAAAAGUGGACAGUUUAGAUAUAGAUGACUUAUUACAAGAGAUUGAGAAGAAGGAACUACCUAAAGUCAAAGGGGCUAAGUCAGUCAGUGGUAAUAGUUCACCCAGUGGAGUAAGGACUCCACCAUUAGAAGAGUUAAAAGCGCUUUAUCCUAAUGGUAAUUUCAAUGAGAGUACAAGUCUGUUUCCAAGCGCAGCAAAUAUUGAGGAGAAAGAUAUUAAGCCGAGCACUCCGCCCCCUCCGUUGCCACCGGAGAAGAAAGAAAAUGUUUACCUGAAAGACUCGAAUGAAGUAGCUCCUGUCACAAGAAAGAAGUUGAGGAUAUCAAAUUCGGUGUUGCCAGCAAAGAAAGUUGAAGUGCCAAGUUACACCACAAAGUAUUCAUCAUUUAUUGAAGGAUUCUCAACGGAAAGGACUGGAUUAGGUUUUAGUAAAGAGGAAAAUGAUGUAGAUAGUCCAAAGAAUACAGUGAACUAUGGCAACGGGUUGACAUUUACCAAGGGGGAGGUUUUAAAUGAGGAAAAGAAAGAUGAGUCUUUAGACGACUUGAUAGACUUGGUUGAAGCGAAGCUCAAGUAUUUGAAUGAACUGCAGCCGUACCAGUUGACACAAAUCCAAGAAAUGUUAAUACAAUUAAAUGUGGUGGCGUCAGCGUACCGCGCGGGCGCGCUGCGGCACUCCUGGGCGCGGUGCUGGGCGGAGAGAGCGGGCGCGGCGCUGGCGUCGCACGAGGCGGCCGCCGCGCCCCCCGGCUGGACGGCCAGAUUCGAGAGGUCUGAACGGCGCUACUGCUACCGGCGGGAGGACGGGUUCACGCAGUGGGAGUAUCCGGUGGGCACGGCUGAUAUGGAUAUUUGCACCACGCCCCCGCCCCCGGAGGUGGACAAUAAGGAGCCGCCUCCGCCGCCCCCGCCGCCCGUGGUGUCGUCGUGGUCUCGCGCGACGCCGCCGCCGCCCGGCACCGAGCCGCCGCAAGCCGCGCCGCCGCCGCCGCCCCUACCGCCUCCAGAGCCGAAGAAAGAGAUAGGCGAUGAACUGAUGUCGUUCUACGCGGACAUUGCCGAGCUUGAAAAAGACGUGCCCAAAGAAUCGAAGAAAGAAGUUAAAGACGCAAAGAAAGAACUUAAAGACGCGAAGAAAGAGGUUAAAGACGCGAAGAAAGAGGUUAAAGGCGCAAACAAAGAGGUUAAAGACACGAAGAAAGAUGUUAAAGACUUUAAGGAAAUUUCUAGACCAAGCACGCGGUCGUCGUCGCCCGAACCGCCGCCGCCACCGGAGAUAAAAGCCGACAUCAAAAUGUCGAAGAAGAAAUCAAAGGUGAAACUCUCCUCAUCUCUUGGUAUGAAGAACAAAUCGGUGUCUUCCCUCGUAGCCAAGUGGCAGCAGGUCGCCGAAGAAAUUGACUCCGACUGAGCAUUGUUCUUCUACAUUUGGUGGCGGAACAAUCAGCGUCAUUCUGAAUGGCGCUAUCGAGUCUUCCAAGUGCGUUCCGAUUUAUACAACAGCUAAAAACUUACUCGCUCGGAAGAUCACGCUUCGAUUACCCGUCAUUUAAACCAGGAGUUCCCAAACUUAUUUUUCUACUUUGAGAAAAAAAAUAUAUUUAGCGCCCCCUUUGUUUAAAUCUAAAAUGCAUCCAGAUGAAAUUAAUUACCCCCUAAGCCUCUUCACAUCGCCCCCAUUUUUCUGGGUCCCACACCCCCCUUUAGACCUUCAGCGCCCAAAUAGGGCGUUAUCACCCACUUUGGGAAAGGCUGAUUUAAAUGAAAAAGAUGAAUAGUUAGACUGAAAAACACUCAUUCUUCCUUUUGGUUUCUGUUGUUAUGUAAACUAACUUCUUAAAGAAUGUCGAAAACUAGAAAGGUGUUACAAAUAAUUACUAGAUAAUCUAGAAAUGACCAAGCAGUUUGUUGUUUACAACAUUAUGAAUCUUUGAGAGCAGCUGAAGUUCUUGAUUGUCUAAAUAAUAUCAUGAGACUAGAAAAAAUUAUUACCAACCAUAUUGUUAAAAUUUAAAAAA